CAGUAUUAAGUUGAUGUUUCAUCGAGAUUGGUUUUAUUUUCAAGUGUGAAAAAAUUCCUUUUAUCAGCGCUAUCAACUGAAUUUGGGAUCUAAAUGACUGCCAUCGUCGCACUCACGUCCCUCCACACCCCACCUAGGUGUAGAUAGCGCCUUAUCGCGCAGGUGUUCACGAAAUUCCCACUGGUCUGAACUUUCUGUUGCUCUCGAGGAGGACGUUUCUUUGGAGGAUUACGCGGAAUUGAACGCUCAAGGAGUCCUGGACAGGAUUUGCAGUGUUGACAGUGUGUCUGUAUGAAGCUAAAGAGUGUGGGAUAGUGUUGAGGACAAUUCCAAGAGUGCUGGAGAAGUGAGAGAUCCGUGAGUGUGCGAAGAAGAUUCAAUCAAUGUCAUCGACGUCAGAGAUGGAGGAACAGAGUCGGAGCUGAGGCAGCCAACCCCACACAAGGUAGGCCCACAGUGUUUUUGUUGUUUUCUCUCCGCGGGAAAGCCUGUCUCUGUGAGAGAUGAAGGGUUCUGAGAGUCCCCAGGAGCAGGGGGAUUCCGGGAGUAGUGGGAAGUUGUGCAGUGUGUGCGGAGACAAAGCAUUGGGAUACAAUUUCAAUGCCAUCACAUGCGAGAGCUGCAAAGCCUUCUUCCGGAGGAAUGCUCUCUCCACGAAGCCCCUGACCUGCCCAUUUAGCGAACAAUGUGAUAUCACAGUGGUCACGAGGCGCUUCUGCCAGAAGUGUCGCCUGGAGAAGUGCUUCAGUAUUGGCAUGAAGAAGGAGUACAUCAUGUCGGAGGAGGAUAAGAUUCAGAAGCGCAAGAAGAUUGAGCAGAAUCGGGCAAAGAAGAAAUUAGCCCUCGGGGAGCCUCCGUUAAAGAUAAAACGUGAACCUGCUGACUCAGAUGUCUGGACACAUCGUCCGGAAGCAUUCCCACCGGAAAAUUCCUCCUCAUCGGAAGUCUCCUUCCCACACGAUGGGCACUUCUCAUCGCCUGAGAAUGCAGGCUCACUGUACUCCCCAACGACGCCAACAACAACGAGAAACUUCCCGACCAUUGAGUCCAGCCCCACGGAGAUUGUCAACAGUAUUGUGGAUUCUUCGGAUGCAUCUCGGGUGAUUAAUCAUCUGAUGAAGACACCUGAAGAUGCCAUCGAAGUGAUGGGGAAAAUUCUGAAUUCCGCAAAGGAUGCAAUUGUCCUCAUAAGUCACUUUAUCAGUGCCCCCGGAGAUGCCCUGAAAAUCAUCAGCAAGAUCAUGAAUUCCCCCUUUGAUGCCCUCACGGUAUUCACGAAGUUCAUGAGCUCCCCAACGGAUGCCUUUGAGAUCAUUACAAAAGUCAUCAGUUCCCCAAAUGAUGUACUUCAAUUCCUGCAGCAGCUCAUGCGCUCCCCCGCCGAUGGGUUGCAGAUCAUGAACAAAUUCAUCAAUGCCCCCGCGGAGGCACUCAAAAUAAUCAACAAGAUGAUGAAUCACUCCAAAGUGGAUUCAACCACGUCGCCAGGGGACAAAUCCCCGGACAUUGAGAGCCCCUUGAAGACGAUGCUGCACCUGCAGCCAAAUGAGAGCCCUAAAUCAUCAUCAAUGGCAUCCUCGACGUGUGAAAGCGCCACCCCAGAGCCACAGAAUCCGGAACCAGCGGAGGAUGAGGCAAAGAAGAUUAUGGAAGAUGUGGAGAGGAUGCCAAUUUUGCCAAAUUCAAUCGAGUCCGUCCUUUGCGAGGCAAUCAAACUAGAGUACGAGGGAUGCUCGUCAAUGGGGCAAGCAGGGGCCAAUGGGAGGGAGCUGAAUGAUGCUGAAAGGGCGAAACUCAAUGAGCUCAUUGUGGCCAACAAAGCCCUCUAUGCGCCUGUCGAUGAGGACCUCUCCAGUCUUAUAUCUGACGAUUACAGAAUUAGGACAAACCACAAUCAUCAAGACCCACAGCUGUUGAAACUGGUCAAUUUAACAGCUGUUGCCAUUAGGAGGCUAAUAAAGAUGUCCAAGAAAAUCAGCGCCUUCAAGAAUAUGUGCCAGGAGGAUCAGGUGGCGCUCCUUAAAGGUGGCUGCACGGAAAUGAUGAUCCUCCGUUCAGUGAUGCAGUACGACAGUGACAGGGCGUCGUGGAAGAUUCCCCACCAUCAGGAAGAAAUGUCGCGGAUUAAAGCAGAUGUCCUCAAGUUGGCCAAGGGGAAUGUCUACGAAGAGCACGAACGCUUUAUCCUGACAUUCGAUCCCAAAUGGAGAAUGGAUGAGAAUAUAAUCCUCAUCAUGUGUGCCAUAACGCUCUUCUCACCGGAUCGUCCACGUAUUAUCCAUUCGGAUGUGAUCAAGCUCGAACAAAAUUCCUACUACUACCUCCUGCGAAGGUACCUGGAGAGCGUCUAUCCUGGCUGCGAGGCGCGUUCAACCUUCCUCAAGCUAAUGCAGAAGGUGAAUGAAUUGCGACGGCUCAAUGAGGUCAUCAUUGGGGUCUACCUGGAUGUGAAUCCGCAGCAAGUGGAGCCCCUUCUGCGUGAAAUCUUUGACAUGAAAAACCACUGAAAACCACUUUGCUAAAUUUACAACAAAUGUUAAUUUUUUUUUCAACGCAAAAACCGGAGCUUUAAGAGAAAUCUUCAUGUGAUAUUUCGUCAACUUCUGCGUUCUUAUACAUUUCUUCGUGAGGAAAGAAAAAGAAAGCCAGAGCUUAAUCAAUAGGAAUUUAAUGCUCUCGGUCUCAAAAGGACUGGGAUGUGGACACAAAAAUGAAGGAUGUUGAAUUUUUAUUGUAAGAAAGAGAUAAUGAUUUUAAGAAAAUCACAAAAUGCAUAUUUUAUUAAAUGUAAUAGUGCUUUAUUUUCAAAGAUAUAAAUGUUUUAGAAAGAUC